UACAUUCAACUCACGAUGCACCCCUUUGGACAGGCUCAUGGGGUCGCAGUCUCACCAGAAGGGGGCAUUCCGAUUCUGCCUGACAAAGUUGCCUUGACAAGCAGACGUGAUUAACAACAGCGUCAUGCUGCAUUUCCAACCGAGCAACAACGAGAAUCAAAGGAACAUUUGGACAAAAAAGGUGCAUAUUUGGAUACCUGACGACUGUGACGGCGUUUUCGCGGAGACUUGUGGAUAAAUCGACCGUUACUUUCCUGUGUGCGCCAUGCGCGGAUCACACUGAGCAUCUUUGAGAAAGGAGAUGCCGGGGUUUACUUGAGAGAGGAAUCUUAAGGCUGCGUGAAUCCUUUUGGAAAUUUACGUCCUUUUUCGUACGGUUUUGCACAACAUCCGAACGUAUAUGUUAAGUUUGGCGACCGCAAUUUCGCGGAAUCUCCACGAGCGUGUAAGGCUGACAUGACUUACUUGGACGUGGCUUCGUUUUUGUCUGCGCUCACUGCAGUACUCUUUUUGGCUGUAACUUGAAAAAAAAAAACGAGAACGAUUCCUUUGGAGCCAGGACAUGGACAGGGAGUUCUGAACAGGAUUUUUUUACCCUUUAAAUCUGGAGUUGGAAGUAAAUGACAUUCACCCCGGUUCAGCUGUAUGGUUAUAGAUGCAGAACUAAACCGGAUAGCACAUCCAGGUCCGGGAGAGUAAAGGGCAGGUGCGCUUUGGAGUCGGCGGCUGCGCGGAGAGACCGGGCUAGUGGAUUAGGACGGUACCUGUCUGUGGAACGCGCGUCAUGCGGACUCGGAUGUCGCGCACUAGAAGCCAUUAAAACCUGUAGGCUGGAGCUGACAGAUAAGCCGAUAUGGGCUCUGCUCUGCGGCGUCGCUGGCUAGUGGUCCAACUCCUGAUGCAGGUGUGGCUGGCAGCAAAUCCAUCAUUGAGUGAGCGCCCAUGCCCCAAGAGCUGUCGCUGUGAUGGAAAAAUUGUCUACUGCGAGUCAAGCGCCUUCCGCGAUGUCCCCAAGAAUCUCUCAGGAGGCUGUGAAGGCUUGUCUUUGCGGUACAACAGCCUCGCCAGUCUAAGAGCAGGCCAGUUUGUUGGUCUGAACCAUCUCAUCUGGCUCUACUUGGACCACAACUACAUUGCCUCUGUGGAUGGAAUGGCCUUUCAAGGUGUCCGCAGGCUCAAAGAGUUGAUCCUGAGUUCCAACAAGAUCACCUCGCUUCACAACACCACAUUCCACCCAGUCCCUAAUUUACGAAAUCUGGACCUGUCGUACAACAAACUGCAAGCUUUGCAACCAGGACAGUUCCAGGGACUACGGAAGCUUCUCAGCCUUCACAUGCGCUCAAACUCAUUAAAAACUGUCCCAAUGCGUCUGUUCCAAGAUUGUAGAAAUCUUGAAUUCCUGGAUCUGGGUUACAACCGCUUGCGCAGUAUCACUCGGAAUGCAUUUUCCGGCCUAGUCAAGCUCACUGAGCUGCAUUUGGAGCAUAACCAGUUCUCAAAGAUCAAUUUCUCUCACUUCCCUCGCCUGUACAAUCUGAGAGCACUUUACCUGCAGUGGAAUCGCAUUCGUUCAAUGAGCCAAGGUCUGACUUGGACCUGGGCCUCGAUCCAGAAACUGGAUCUGUCUGGGAAUGAUCUGACAGAAGUGGAUGCUGUAGUUUACCAAUGCUUACCAAACCUGCAGACCCUCAAUCUCGACUCCAACAAGCUGACCAAUGUCUCCCAAGAGGUGGUUGAUGCCUGGAUCUCCUUGACUACAAUUAGCUUAGCUGGGAAUGUAUGGGACUGUGGCCCUGCCAUCUGUCCCCUGGUGGGCUGGCUAAGAAACUUCAGAGGGGCAAAGGAAACCACAAUGAUCUGUGCCUCCCCCAAGAAAGCCCAGGGGGAGAAAGUUUUGGAUGCUGUCGAAGCUUUUGGUGUGUGUCAAUCAAAUGCAGCGACAACACUCACUGUGAGUAUUCCGCCAACCCCGCCCAGUGUCCCUCUGCAAACUGAACGUUACCCAGCCAUUCUGUCUUUACCUACUGGGUCAGGGAAAAGGGGGGAGGGAUCCAUCAGGGGCCCCACCUCAGCCGUUACCCCUCCAGUGGCACUACCCCCAGAGCAAGACUUGGAGCCUGUGUCCUUCCAUAAGAUUGUAGCUGGAAGCGUUGCCCUUUUUCUAUCGGUUGCGAUGAUCCUGUUGGUGAUCUACGUGUCUUGGAAGCGCUACCCUAGCAGCGUCAAGCAGCUGCAGGAGCAUUCGGCAGCAGCUCGCAAACGCCGCAAGAAAGCGAGAGAGACGGAGCGCACCCUGAGCUCCCCACUGCAGGAGUACUAUGUGGACUACAAGCCCACCAAUUCCGAGGCCAUGGAUGUGCUUGUCAAUGGGACCGGACCCUGCACCUAUACUAUCUCAGGCUCCCGAGAAUGCGAGGUAUGACCCACACCACCGCCACUUCUCCUAAACAAAACUCUGUCCACAGCAAGAGGACCAGAGGUAAUUAUUUACACUGCUUUGAUAGAUGAUAAGACUGCUCCUUGAUUACUUAGUCUUACACAGCAGGUUUGGUAAAUACUGUGUACCCAUGGAUUAGUAUUAAAUCUAGAGUAGGUGGUGUCUGCAUCAUUUUGUAUUUAACAAGAUCUCUCUUGUUUUCAGA